ACUCACUCCCUCCUCCUGCCUCUGCCGCUCACACAUGAAUCGCACUGCGCCUGGUCGCACACGGGCUCUGCAGCUCCUGCCUCGUCUGCAGCUCAUUUCCACAAGGAGACAAUAAACCCUAAAUAAAGGCUCAGGUAACAGCAGGAGGCAGCGCAUUCACAUCUCCCAUUGCAGAGAGAGACUGUUGCAGUUGUUCAUGCUGAAACCGGCAGUUGAUGUGAGAGGUGCGGGGCGCUCCCAGCUGACAGUCGCUGCUGCAUGAGGAGAGGCAGUUGCAGCAGGAGGCGAUGCUUUUCCCAAGGAGACUCCUCAUUGCUCUGCUCUGUCUGCGCCUAAAGGUGUCCAUAGCAUCAGGCCAGUUCGAGUUGGAAAUCUUAUCGAUGCAGAAUCCCAACGGAGAGUUGCAGAGUGGGAAUUGCUGCGACGGCCAGCGCAACCCAACGGAUAGAAAAUGCUCCAGGGACGAAUGCGACACUUACUUUAAAGUUUGCCUAAAGGAGUACCAGUCCAGGGUAUCGGCAGGGGGGGCCUGCAGCUUCGGCACUGGAUAUACCCCGGUUAUUGGGGGCAAUUCCUUCAACCUGAAAUACAGCCGGAAUCACGAGAGGAACAGGAUUGUGUUGCCUUUCAGUUUUGCUUGGCCGAGGUCUUACACGUUGGUUGUUGAAGCGUGGGAUUACAAUAAUGACACUAAUGACCCCGGUGAUCUCAUAGACAAAGCCCUCCAUUCUGGGAUGAUUAACCCAAGUCGGCAAUGGCAAACCCUGAAGCAGAACGCCGGCAUGACGCAUUUCGAUUACCAGAUUCGGGUCAUUUGCGACGAGCAUUAUUACGGUUUCGGCUGCAACAAGUUUUGUCGCCCGCGGGAGGACUUUUUUGGACACUACACGUGUGAUCAGAACGGCAACAAGACCUGUUUGGAAGGCUGGAUGGGGCCUGAAUGUAACAAAGCAAUAUGUCAUCAAGGCUGCAGCACAAAACACGGUACUUGCAAGACGCCAGGAGAGUGCAGAUGUCAAUAUGGAUGGCAAGGGCAGUACUGCGACAAAUGCAUUCCUCACCCGGGAUGUGUCCAUGGCACUUGCAAUGAACCGUGGCAGUGUCUGUGUGAAACCAACUGGGGCGGUCAGCUGUGUGACAAAGAUCUCAAUUACUGCGGUACUUACCAGCCGUGUCUCAAUGGAGGCACCUGCAGCAACACCGGCCCUGACAAAUACCAGUGUUCCUGCUCUGAAGGCUACUCGGGACAAAAUUGUGAAAUUGCCGAACAUGCCUGUCUCUCUGAUCCCUGCCACAAUGGGGGAAGUUGCUUGGAAACAUCUGUGGGCUUUGAAUGUGAAUGUGCUGGAGGCUGGACGGGCCCCACAUGCAGCAUCAAUAUCGACGAGUGCUCUCCCAAUCCGUGUGGCUACGGUGGGACGUGUCAGGACUUGGUCGAUGGCUUUAAAUGCAUUUGUCCUUCUCAAUGGACGGGAAAAACAUGCCAAAUUGAUGCCAACGAGUGUGAAGCCAAACCCUGCGUGAAUGCCAACUCCUGCAGAAACCUGAUCGGUAGCUAUUAUUGCAAUUGCCUUCCUGGAUGGACGGGACAGAAUUGUGACACGAAUAUUAAUGAUUGCCUUGGCCAGUGUCAGAACGGCGGAACCUGCAGGGACUUGGUUAAUGGGUUUCGCUGUAUCUGUUCUCCCGGCUAUGCAGGGGAACGCUGUGAGAAAGACGUGAAUGAAUGUGCGAGCAAUCCGUGCCUGAAUGGGGGCCACUGUCAGGAUGAAAUCAAUGGAUUCCAAUGUCUGUGUCCCGCCGGUUUCUCAGGAAACCUCUGUCAGUUGGACAUAGAUUACUGCGAGCCGGACCCCUGCCAGAAUGGAGCCCAGUGCUUUAAUUUGGCUACAGAUUACUUCUGCAACUGCUCCGAAGACUACGAGGGGAAGAAUUGUUCGCACUUAAAAGAUCAUUGUCGCACGACUCCCUGCGAAGUGAUUGACAGCUGUACAGUGGCAGUCGCUUCCAACAACACCCCUGAAGGGGUGCGGUACAUUUCAUCCAAUGUCUGUGGCCCCCAUGGAAAAUGCAGGAGUCAGUCCGGAGGGAAAUUCACCUGCGAGUGCAAGAAGGGUUUCACUGGCACCUACUGUCAUGAGAAUAUCAAUGACUGCGAGAGUAACCCGUGUGAAAAUGGAGGUACCUGCAUUGAUGGUGUGAACUCAUACAAAUGUAUUUGUAGCGACGGAUGGGAAGGCAUGUACUGCGAAACAAACAUUAAUGACUGCAGUAAAAACCUUUGCUACAAUGGAGGGACUUGUCGGGACUUGGUUAAUGAUUUCUACUGCGAAUGUAAAAACGGCUGGAAAGGAAAAACCUGCCACUCCCGAGACAGUCAGUGUGAUGAAGCCACGUGUAACAAUGGCGGCACCUGCUACGACGAGGGAGAUACAUUUAAAUGCAUUUGCACCGCUGGAUGGGAAGGAGCCACGUGUAAUAUUGCCAGGAACAGUAGCUGUUUGCCAAAUCCCUGCUUUAACGGUGGAACUUGCGUCGUCCGUGGCGAUUCUUUCACUUGUGUUUGCAAAGAAGGUUGGGAAGGACCAACAUGCUCCCACAAUACGAACGACUGCAGCCCUCACCCAUGCUAUAACAGUGGAACUUGUGUUGAUGGAGACAACUGGUACCGGUGUGAAUGUGCUCCUGGAUUUGCUGGUCCCGACUGUCGGAUAAAUAUCAAUGAGUGCCAGUCUUCUCCCUGUGCUUUCGGAGCGACUUGUAUGGAUGAAAUCAAUGGAUUCCGUUGCACUUGCCCGGCGGGUCGUAGUGGUCCAAGGUGCCAAGAAGUUACAGGAAGGCCGUGUAUAACUAAUGGGCAUAUGAUGCCAGACGGGGAAAAGUGGGACGAUGACUGCAACUCCUGCCAGUGUCUGAAUGGCAAAGUUACCUGCUCAAAGGUGUGGUGUGGCCCUCAGCGGUGCAACAUACAUGGAACUAGUGAAUGUCCUGCUGGACAGACGUGUGUUCCAGUUAGAGACAACCAUUGCUUUGUUCCUCCUUGCACCGGGGUGGGGGAAUGUUGGCCAACCAAUCAGCCGCCUGUAAAGACCAAGUGUAACUCCAGCUCUCAGGAUUCCAGUUGUGCCAACAUCACAUUUACCUUUAACAAGGAGAUGAUGUCACCGGGACUCACCACCGAGAGCAUUUGCAAUGAACUGAGGAAUCUUAACGUUUUGAAGAAUGUUUCCGCCGAAUAUUCCAUCUACAUCACCUGUGAACUGUCGCCUUCUGCAAACAACGAGCUCCAUGUGGCCAUAUCCGUGGAGGAAAACAGAGACGGCAGGAAUCCAAUCAAAGACGUCACCGAGCGAAUCAUCGAUCUUGUCAGCAAGCGAGACGCCAACAACACCUUCAUCGCUUCAGUGGCAGAAGUCAGAGUCCAGAGGCAGCGCGACAAUAACGGCGCAGAUUUCCUGGUUCCAUUACUGAGCUCCAUUGUAACCGUGGCCUGGAUCUGCUGCCUGGUAACCGCUUUUUAUUGGUGCAUCCGGAAGCGCAGAAAGCAAAGCAGCCGUUCUCACACCGCGUCCGAAGACAACACCACCAACAACGUCCGGGAGCAGCUCAACCAGAUCAAAAACCCCAUCGAGAAACGCGGCGCCGCCCCCAGCAAAGACUACGAAAACAAAAAUUCCAAAAUUGCAAAAAUAAGGACUCACAAUUCAGAAGUGGAGGAGGACGACACGGACAAGCACCAGCAAAAGAGCAGAUACGUCAAGCAGCCGGCGUAUUCGCUGGUCGACCGAGACGAGAAGCCGCCCAACAGCGCUGCUCCGGCGACAAAACAGCCGAACUGGACAAAUAAACAGGACAACAGAGACUUAGAGACAGCGCAGAGCCUCAGCCGCAUGGAAUACAUCGUAUAGCGGAAUGUAGCGCUGCCAUGCAGAGCUUCACUAAACUGUCAUAUAAUAUUUCAGUCUGAGGCUAUUAUUUACUUACAGUCCCUGUGUUAAUUUAAGUUCUGACAAGCUGGCUUACACUGGCAAUGAUAGUUGUUGUGGUUGGCUGGAAUCGCAAGUGCCGCAUUUCACAUCUACGCAAAACUAGUGCAAAAGUGUCAGUUCAGCUGCAGUCGGAAAACACCUCCGAAAACGCUUUGGCUUUUCUCUCCGCUCAGUUCUUCUCCAAAGGAUCGUUUCUUUUUAUUUAUAUUUAUUUUUAGACGUAGAAAUGGCGAUUUAUCUUUUUUUUUUUUUUUU